AUGGAUGCAAACCUUUUGCUGUUUAAGCCGCUGGCCCAGCAGACGACGUUGUCCCUGCAUGAUUCGAUUCGCCUCCUACGGACAGUGAUCGCUGGUGACAGUUGGGGAGAGAUCGCAGUACCCGUCAUUGAGGAUCACCCCGAAACAGCUAUGAUAUUCGUGGGAUCCCAACUGACGUUGGUUUUCGGAGUUUUAAAUCUCAUCGUCGCAGUGGUCGUGGACACCUUUGCAGAAGCGCGCCAGCACGAUGUGCUGAAUUUGGCUGAGGAGCUGGAGCAGGACAUGGCAACCGACCAGAAAGCCCUCCAGAAGAUCUUCAACCGCAUCGAUGCAGAUGGAAGUGGUGAAGUGACCCUUUCGGAGCUAAUCGAGGGCGCGCAGCGGGACCCUGAAUUUCGUAGCCGCCUUCAAGUCAUGGACAUCGACGAGGUCGACCUCCAGCAGCUGUUUGAGAUGAUUGAUAUUGAAGGCGAGGGGCAGGUCAAGGUGAUGGAGUUCGUCACGCCCCUCAGCCGAUGGGUGCGCGACUCGAAGACAGCGCCGCGCUUCGUCAAGUACAACAUGAUGCGCCUGAUGCAUCGGCACGAAGAGUUUGUCGGCUCCGUCGACGCUCGCUUCGAGCUUCUUGCAGGGCAUCUCGACGAGAUGACUGAUUGUCUCCGGUAUCUCACCGGAUCCAGGAUCUCCGAGUCUUCCAGAAGCACUGAAGAGAUGGAAGCAGGCCUCGGAUCAGGCCUCGGAUCAAGCCUUCUCGGCAGCAUGACUUUCGAGUCGCUGCGACACUCUCGCAGCGAAGGCAUGCUCAGCAGCCAGAUGAGCCUACUAAGCGUGAAGCGUCACAAGACGAUGAUGGAACCGAAGGCUUUCGAUACGGAGACAACCACAGAGCUGGAGUGGGUGGAGGAUGCCUUGGAUGAGGAAAUUGUGGAGCAACCACGCUUCUCCAAGAGGGCGCAUCUGCCGUCGUUGUUCAAGGACCAGUGCUCGACGCAGCAGGAGACUCUCCAGAUGCAAGAGAAAGCGCUGGCGUCAGCUUUCCAUAAUGCCGUGGAGGUCUUCAAGCAGUCGCUGCUGGACGCCACCGACCAGGCAGUUCACAGCUCCUUGUCCUCGCUGGGGCUCGCGACGAAGGAGGCAAAUGUCCUCCGGGGCGAUGCUCAUCCAGCACCAGAGAGCCGGAAAUCGCAACUGCGGCAUGGUUCGAAGAUGAGGUUCCGUGCCUUCUCAGACCUUCACGAACAAGAUCCCCCCGGUGGUGAGAUUCCCCAUCUUCCUGCUGUUGAUCCUGUUCCGCCGCCCAAGACGAUUCUCGACAUUGUGUCAGAGUAUAAGUCCUGGAGUGUUGCCACGCAUCCUAACGCCUGUCGUCACACUUGCCUCGUCCUGGCCGUCACCAAGUUUCUGUGCGACAUGAAUGCCACCAACUACAUGAUGUCCAAUGUUCAGAAACUGAUACUCUUCCUCUUGAUUGACGGAGACAACUGGCGUGCACAUAAGAGACAACUAUUCCACCUUUGUGAUGGGGCGUGGGACAUGGAAGAAAAAUUGAGCUUGGAAGCUUGGGACUUCUUGUCAGCCGUCGAGGGCAUCUUUGUUUCCAUUGCCACAAGCAUCGAGAACGAUGAAAAGAACAUACUCUGGUCGUGGGCAGACGCCAGAAACUAUGUUUACAAAGCCAUCGAAGGGUGCAAACGCCGUGGGGAGCUCGUUGACGUCUGUGCUCGUAUAGCGAAGGAACAUAGUGAUCACGUCCGAGUUGUUACUAGCAACAAAACAUGGAAGGCGACAUGGGCUCGAAGAGUCGCUGAUAUGCUUGCUUCUUACAGGAAGGCGUGGGAGACUCAGACACACUCCGUGGUUCUCUCUCGUCUUUUCUUGCAAGACUGCGACAUGCCCAUGCCAAAAUCCCAAGGUAUAUGCUUCAGUGACAUCUACUUGACUUCCAACUGGGAGAUUCGCUCCAAGCAUGAGGCACAGGACUGUUACGUACGGUUCGACUACCCUUACUUCUACGAGAAUACCCUUGCAGGAGACCCGUCCAUCAAUCUCCCUAUGCUCAAAGAAAGGCUGAGACUCUUCCUGACCUCUCUCUACUACAAGAACGAGGAUGCUUUUCAAGCCAAGCUAUGCUUUCUUUGUGCUGCCUUCCAAGGCGUCUGUACGGGAAAGAUGCUGUUCCAGGUUGGUCGUGGAGGGGAUGGUAAAGGCAUGGAGGCUAUCCUAGAUGCAGCUCUCUUUGGUUCGAAGUCUUCGGCUAGUCUGGACAGUGGUGUAUUCUUGGACCGAGCGGAGUUCAGAAAAAGUGCCGAACUUGUUUGGAACAAAUCGAAUGUCAGGAUCCAGGAAAUGGACUCCAAGGUUCGCUUCAUAUCCGAAAUAUGGAAACGGUUUGUGGUCGACGAGGAGAUCGACUGCAGGGUAAACUAUGGUUUCACUACCAAGAGACGCUUUGGUACGUCCAUGAAGAUCCAGGAACUGAACUAUGAGAAUGUACCGGUGAUUGAGGAAAGCAAGGACAUCAACAAGGCGUGCGAGCAACUUCGGAGACGUGUGGUCUGCAUUCGCAUGGGCACAUCGACCUACACGUUGAACCCAAACGAAGUUGACCAUGAUCGUGGCAUUUACCUUCUGAUUCCACAAGAGGAAUUAGCGUCGGAUUUACGUCAUCCGGUCACUGCGUCGUUGUACCUCCGUGAUUGGUGUCUGCCCUUCUUCAGAGAGAACCCGGUUGGGGAGUGUCUGACAAUGUUGCAUGAUCUGAAGUCCAUCAGUGACAAGCUGGAGAUGGACACUCAGUGGCUUGCUGCAAAGUUGUCCGGUCGUGAUCUAGUUCCUCCUGGGGAUGAUCGCAUGCUGGUCGAUGCCAAUGACGAAAUAGUUGAGUUGGUUCAUGCCUCGAUGCCGACCAGACCCAUUCUCAAGGAGUACUUGUUACACAAGAUUGAUGAGUUCCCAGGCUGUAUUACAUCAACUCGCGGUCGUACCACGAAGCUUCAGCGGUUCGUGUCUGCAAUUGACCAUUCCUCCCUCAAGCUCUUCAGACAAGUGGAUCAUAGUACUUUCGAGAAGCUGCAGAUCAACUGGGCGAGGCUAAAGGAGUCGAUGGCUCGACAUGGCGGGGUUAACAUCUUCGGGGAUUGGACUCACUGGACAUGCCCAUUUGACUUGAAGCACAUCAUCCAAACAUGGGACGGGAAUGCAUUUCAGGACCAUAGUACUUUCCUCCUCCAGCACUGCACAGUCAGAGGAGUUGGUGAUGCGGUAUUGCGAUCGGCUGUCACUAGCCUGGACGAGACUGUAGACAUUGAGCGACUCAAAGCAUAUGCACUUCAAGGAGUGGAUCGUCGUCAAGAGAUGCUUGAAAGGUACAUUGCGCGACACGAGACUGCAGGACUCACGUCCAGUGACGGCAUGGCCACCGUUACGGUGGAGUACUAUACCCAACCAGGGUACGGUCGUCUACUUGCUAGAGGUGCAGCAGGUCAGAAACUCACAAGAGAGGCUAGAGCCGAAGCUUUCUUCCACUGCUCUGAAGUUGACGCUGCUUGUUGCCAUCCACGGCUACUGCAACAAAAACUUUUCGACCUCGAUGUCUGGUCCGAUGGCAAAUACACCAUCCUAGCACUCUUCAUCAAGCAUUACCAAGCGUGGCGCUACUGUGUGGCCGACUACAUGGAUGUCUCUGUGGGUCAGGCCAAAACGGAGCUCAUUCGCAUUUUCUACGGAGGCAAACCCUCCUGCGAAAUUCCCUUCCUCAUGAAGCUCUGUGCAGAGGUCCAGACUGCUGCUCUCUCCAUUGUUCAUCAUCCAAGCUCAAGAAUGUGGCGGGAUCUUUACUCGGAUCGAAGGAAUCCAGAGUUCUCACGUCUCUCUGGCAUUCUGUCAAUGGAAGAAGCCAAAAUGCCUGAGUCAGUGUCAAGUUUGAUGGGACAGGCUAUGUGUGUACUGCUGUUUGAUGGUGCCUACGUGCAGUGCCGUAAUCUACAUGAUGACAUUGCUCUGUGUCAUGGGAUGGAGACGCGCGACUCCAGGGUGGGGUUGCAGAUCCGUCGGUGGGCUCCUUUGGCUUGCAAGUCCGUUCCUCGUCUUUUGGUCCGUCGAGGUCAAGUGCAGUUCUUUCGGACUGAAGAUGUCGCAGACCUAGGAAACUGUUUGCUGACGUCCUUGUACUACAUGGAAGAUGACCUCGAACUGGAGAGCCUCAGUCAGAGCGAUCUGCGUCACGGUAUGUCCGCUCGGGAUUUCAACUACAUGACACUGGGCAUGUCGCAAGGCGAUGACGGCCAAGCUUAUCUGCUGGAAUGGCUUCCACACGGCUUCAUUCGAGAGGAACUUCCGAAUGGAGCAUUGCUGGCCUUCCAUGAGCCCAAUUCAUCUGGUACUUCGGGACAUUGGUGGGCGGCCAAGAUAUGUGGUGACACAGAGGUCGCUAUCUUCGACUCCCAAGCGCCAGAGUGUCUCCUAGGUGUUGCCUUCACCGUUUUGGAAGACGUUCUUCGUGAGACCCAGACUGCGACUGCUUUCAUACUCACCCGUGCUCACACAGUAGAAACUCUGCGCGUGCCAGAGUCGUCGGUGUAUGACUUGCGUGGAGCCGGCCCAGACGACCCGGAUGAUCUCGUAUCCAUCGUGACUCCUCGUGACACUUGCUUAGAAUGUGCUUCACCGCUGUAUCCUGCACACGACGUCCAAGGCCGACUAUACACAUUGAAUGGCGUGAAGAAGGUCACGGUCACGACCAAGCGUUGCUCUCGCAAAACGUGUCGAACACAUCACCAUUACAACUACAGGAAGGUAGACGGGCAGAUGUACCACAGCCUGUCGCUUGGGGACAUGAAGUACGUCUUUGUGAAUAGUAAAGUCGGCUUUGACCGCACAUUCCUGGACUAUCACGAGGCCUUGCAGUUCCGAGGAGGUAUCAGCCACAAUGCCAUUGAGUUCGCUCAGUCACAUACUCUCUGGAAUGACCCGGAGCAACACUACCGCUGGCACCGUGAAUACUCGACUGCGCAGCUGUAUUAUGCUGUGGUUCAGGAAGCGCGUGAGAUGUGGUGUGAUUCCAGAAGCAACCAAUCAGCCAGACUCUUCAACCUAGAGGUAACUCAGCCUCUCUCCGAGGCCUUCCUUUCUGAGUACAAGGAUUGGUGGCAGCGUCAACAAUUCUCUCCAGCGGAAUGGCGCCGUGUCAAGGAGGUCGUUAUGGACGGGCGCGAGAAGGUCGCAGCAAAGUGCCCAGGCAACACGCCUGCCCGCGUCGGUCGUCCCCGCAAGGAUGGCCGCAUCAGACAACAUGAAAACGGAUGGUUCAUGGCCAUCGAUCCCGCCACAGGGCUUGUGAUGUCGGCAACCAAUAUGGCUUCACCAGAGAAUAAUGACAUCGCUAAACAAGUCCUACAGAACAUUGUGGAACGUGCUCCCAACCUGGACUGCGUCAUCUAUGACAAGAUGUGCGUAUGUCAAAAGGCAUUCCUGUCCGACGCGAAAUUUCGCCAGGUGAAGUACUGGUGCAUUGACCGCUUCCAUGCCAGGGCCCAUGGUGACACAUGUACAUGCUGUCCUCUCGUCCAUCGGCGCCUGGACCUUCGCCUACGCAAUGUCAACUCGUCCAUUGCCGAGCAGACCUUCUCCUGGUUUCGCGGCUACGCAUCUACCUUCAAUGUGAAGAAUCCAUUGACGCAUGUCUUCUAUGUCCUACUGUACGUCAAGAAGCAUAACCUCUUGAUCCGCAAAGACUACCUUCGACACUUGAACCCUUUCAGUGCUCGUGCCAAGGCUGCCAAGAAUGCUCGGGUGCUCAUCCGUCCAGCUUCGAAGAAGUACAUCUGUCGGCGUCCGUCUGCAUCUUUGUCGUCCCACAGAGUCUUGAGGAAGCCGUCGAAGAAAGUCAUCAAGCAUCACAUGAAGAAGAAGUGA